GGCAUCGGCCGCACUUCAGGCCCCGACCUGUGGGCUGGGAGGAGCUGAGGUCCACUCGCCAGGCUCUGACCGUCUUCCUGGGCUCCAGAGGCCGCCAGGACUCUCCCUUUCAUGCAGCCGCAGGACAGCAGCGUCCAGUACAGCAGGUGGGACAACAGCCGAGAUGAAGUCAGCGUGGCCGCCGUGUCCAGCACAGAGGAGGCCUCGGGUUGUGAGAGGAUCUCCCGGAAGCUGUGCUCUGGCAAGCUGGGCAUCUCCAUGAAGGUGCUGGGCGGAGUGACCCUCUUCUGGGCCGUCUUCAUCCUGGGCUACCUCACCGGCUACUACGUGCACAAGUGCAAAUAGUGGUGCCCAGCGUGCACGCUUGGAGUGGCUGCAGACUUGGCACAGGAG